AUGAUAAACAAAGGAAUUGUUAAGAAUGAUGCUUCUCCAUUCAAAGAGGGGAGAGAGGCUAAAAGAGGUGGAACAGCCCCUGGAGAGUAGCGAGUCAAGCAAACAUAGAAUGGUAAUACGGGAGGUCAAGCAUCGACAGGUUAUGACCUGUCAAAAAUCUAUGCAGUAAACCCAAGAAUUCAGAAAAUAAAUAUUGCUUCUCCAAAUAUCAAGAAUAUUUAAAAUCCAGCACUUCAGAGUGACAAUUAGAAUGUAUUUGCUAAUCACUAAUCAACAUAGAAUGGAGUCAUGAAAACCAGAAUGAAGUUUUCCUAGCCUUUCACGAUGAAUAGAAACGAACCAAUAAAGUAUAAAUUAUCAUACUAAUAUUUAUUUAGAGCAAUACCGAAUUACAUUUAGGUAGAAGAUGAUAUGGACAUAUUAGGGAUGACAAGUGGAAGUUAAGGAAACCCAUUUACAAACUCUAUCAACAGGAAAAGUUAAGUAAAAGGUAAAAUCCUAGAAACUAUGAUUAUAGGUGACUCAGAAAACGCUUAGAGUAUAAGAGCAGAUAAGAAUGAUAAUGUAUCAGAAAUACUUCAAAUUAAUCAAUUCUUUAGAACCUAUGAUCAAGCAAACAAUGAUGAAAUUCAAGCUAGCUCCAAAAAGAGAGUUCCAUCUAACAAAGGCAGAUAUAUCCAGUCAAAUGGCUAUAGACCUGGAACUUCAGGGUAAUCAAUGGGAAACGAGGAUGACCUUCCUUUAGGAAUGGUUUCUCCUUAUAAUCCUCCAUCAAAUCCAAAUAUGAAUCCUAAUUCAAAUGGAGGGCUAAUAAUCAGAAAAAGAUCAGGAACCUCGCAUGCUUAAAAAUCCUCACUAAAUAAAAAUAAUGCUCAGGGUCAAUAUAAUGAAGAUUAUGCUGGAGCUCAUCAGGACAAUGGUCCAUAAAUACCGAAAGUUAAAGGAAAGUUAUCCAAUCUAUAAGGAGCAAUAGAGACACUGAAGAGUGAUAAUGCACCAGGAAUGGGUUAGUUUGGACCAGAUUUCUAUCAAUUUAAUUAAUGGGAGAGGCCUCCUAGCAGAUAAAAAGAGCCAAAUAUGGCAUAGCAUUUAGAUGAUAUGGACUUUGAUGAAAGGCCUAAUCAUUUUAAUUAUCCAAUAACCUAAGGAAGCAGACCAAAGAUUGAUUUUUUCAACUAAAGGCAUAACUAGGGCAACCCAGGAUUAUCAGAUUAUUAAAUGUAAUAUGCAGCGAUGGGAGCUUAUAGACCCCCGUCUAGACAUAAAGAUCCCCCUUAAAACUUAGGAUUAGAUCUCCCUUUAGAGGAUGUUCCUUAUCUUGACGAAGAUUCAGAGGAUUCAUUUGGGUUUGAGAUAGGUAUUGAUAAUGCCAACUAAUAAAAGAUUAAAGGCAAAAGGUUUUAAGAUGACUCAGAUGAUUCAUAUGAUAGGAGAAGCAAUGAAGAGGAUUUGAAUUAAAAAGAUUAUCUGAACUCCUCAGGAAAAAGAAAACCAUAAACUGCUUCAGGUGCUAAAAAUAAUUCAGCGCAGAAAAGGAAUAUUAUGGCAGCUAGUAACGCUUAAAAUUAAUUUGUUCAUCAAGAAAUUCAAGGUAUUCCGUAAAAUAAGAUGAGGACAAUUAAUAAGCCUAAAUCAGCAACAGGCCAUAGAAUAAAUUACAACAGAUUUAAAAGUUUACACAAUAGCGGUAGAUUCGUGAAUACACCUGCUUAGAAUGGAAAUCCACAGAUAUUUUCAGCCUAUCAGGUUAAUUAAAUGUAUCCUUAGGGAUAAUAAAAAGGCUUUAACCCUGUUAGAGCUUGGGGAGAUAACUCUCUACAAUCAGGCAUUCAGAAUGGCUCAAGAAUAGGAAAGCAAAAAGGCUAGACACCAUUUGGUGGAUAGCUCAAUCACCAGUAAAAUUGCUUCUUUAACAAAAUUUAUAGAAUGAUGGGUCAAUUUGAAAAUGAAAAUUCUUCAUAACUGAUGUAAGAAGGCAGGAGAGGCAAAUUUCAGAAGGCAGGACCAACUCAGAUAAUUAAAAAUAAUCAGAAAUUCCAAGAAAAUAACGCUAACAACUAGUUCUAUAUCACAUCUCCUUUAAAUAAAUCUAAGCAAGAAGUUUUUUCGUAGACUGGCAAAAUUAACUUACAAGGGGAGAGCAGCAGUUCAAUGGUCGAAGAAAAUACAAAGCUCGGAUAAUCUUUCAAGUCACAGACAUUGUAAUUCUAAACAUAAUUAGGAGUAGAUUUUAUAAAUCUGUUUGCAAAGGAAUGA